GCUGUGUUGUGCUGAUCGGUCGACUAUUAUUUUGCUCUUCAGUCUGACUUGUAUUUUUUGUUGAUUUUGUAAUUUGAAAUCGCAAAAAAGCGAUUUUAGUUGAAACUCGUGAUUUCCAUAUCACAACACCUCUAUCUGGCCGCCGUAUCGUGUGAAAACUAGAAAAUACAGUAGCUUCAAGAUCGCUAUGGAUUGCAAAAAGUGCCACCAUGCCGUCCUAACGAAAGAACAGCCUCACAUCUAUUGUAAUGGAACGUGCGCCGAAGUUUACCACGCUACUUGUGUUGGGUUGAACAAAGAACAACUUGCUGCUGUGUCACCGCCGUACAGAAACAGCUUUUGGUUGUGUGAUGAUUGUUUUACUGAGUUUGUACAGUGGAGGAAUGAGAAAAAGGAGAGAAACGUAUCAACCGCAAACGUUCAAAAAUCUGUGGGUCCGAAAUGCGUACUUCAUGAUGACAUUAUUGAGCUCAAGGCAAAAGUUGAUUCAAUAAUGUCUAUGCUCUCUUCGAAUGGAGAAUGCAACUUGGAUACUGUUAUGAAACACUCUACUCCAAAUCAAAUCGUUUGUAGUGAUCCGUUUACAUCUGGUUCAUCAGAUCAAACAGCUCUGGAUGAUUCUGCGAGAGUAUCAAAUAGUGCUAAUGAUAGUUUCGCAUUGUUGCUUACAAAUAUCGACAGCAGUGUCUCUGAAGACGACGUUCAAGUGAUGGUAUCUAGAUGUCUGGGUGCCUGUGAUACUGAAUGCAAAAGUAUUAGGAAAUUAGUACCGCGAUGGGUCGAUACCAGCUCUCUAGAUUAUAUCUCAUUCAAAAUUGUAUUGAAUCGGAAAUGGAAAUCAAAGGCUAUGAUGCCGUCUACGUGGCCAAGAAAUGUUAAAUCUCGUGAGUUUAGGCAGAGACAAUGUACCUGGAAACCAGAUGAUAGAUAAUUUGCUAUA